GUAAACAGAUCUCAAGGUAACAUUCCAUUAUAAUCAUGAAACUAGUCAGUUUGCUUUGAUUAGGUCGAGCACAAUAAAGAAUAUUCCUCAAUAACGAUCACUAUGUAUUGGUAUAAAAAUGGAUUGAGGUUAUACAGACUAAAUAAAGUGGAACAAAUAACAAAACCUGAAAACAAUAAUGGAAUGCUAUCCAUGCGUGCGUUGAAUAUCUACUCUUUUAAGUAUUUGUAUUGAUCUGAAUGACACAUAUAGCUCAACUAAUGAAACUUAAAUACUUGCAUUAUUGCGUGUAUCAGGAAAGGGAAUAUUCUGUGAUGUUUUCUUUUAUCUGGGAGCUUAUUCUCCAGAAGGAAUAUAUUUUCAGUGGAGCGUUAGUGCGGUGUAUACUUAAAGAGCCACGGGAGGAAACUGAAGAUGUAUACAACUUUACCAAAAUCAUGGCGGGACGAAUUCGACGUCAACGCCACGUUGACGGAACUCAACGACGCUUUGGUCACGCUACACCUUCCGGCCAUUGUCAUCUGCGCUACGCUUGCAGUGAUCGGGAUCAUCGGAAACUUGAUCGUGUUAAGCGUCUACAUACCCCACCCAAGCUCAUUUUCACGUGUGUUUAUUCUGUGGCUUGCUGUAGUAGACUUUAUAGCGUGCAGCGUCGGAACGCCUCUUCUGGUGUUUAGCAUGAUCCAUCCGUACCAGUUUCCGUCCGAGAACGUAUGCAAAACGUUACGUUUUGUCCACGUUUUUCUUGUUGGGACGUCAGUGUUUAUAUUUGUUAGUAUUGCCAUUGAAAGGCACCGGGCUAUAUGCAUUUUUGAGUUGGUUGAAAUGAAAACAAGGCGAAUGCAUUUCAUGUGUAUUGUGUCUUGUAUUAUGGGAGUAGUAGUGGCCGUCCCAGCUAUAUUUAUUUACGGAGUAAGGACAGUCAAAACUGGAGUUCACAAUAUCACAGGGACUGAAUGCUUUGUUGAAGACCACUUUAUACAGACUGAUUCAAUAUGGCCCAAAAUAUACUUCCCAUUUCAAUCCAUAGUCGUGAGUAUAUCAUUUGCUACAUUGCUUGUGUUGUACAUUCGGAUUGGACGACAGUUAAAGUGGCAUUUGAAAUUCACGAGACGUUACUCCACAAGCUCGAUCUUAGACAAGUCAACCAAAUCAAGCCAGUCACUGUGUACACAAAAAGAUGCGACAAGCACACAUAAAAACACAGCUGGAAGUGUCUUAAUGAAGACCACGGCGUCAGAACAAACUGAGGGAACGUACAGACUACACACGCCCGUUGGGAAGGCAGCGUCCAACGCCGCUAGCCGCGUAAAUAGAGCCGCCCAUGAGAUGACCAGCAUGUUUUGUUGGUUGACGGCCGUUUUUGUGCUCUCAUUCAUUCCUCAUCUUGCUUUUAUAAUCUACUCUACCUUUCGACCUGAUUUUGCGCAGGAUAUGACAUCAUUACAGGUUGUGACGUAUAACAUUUUUCUGAGAUCGUUUGUGAUAAAUAACAUGGCGAAUCCUCUGGUAUAUUUCGCAUGUGUAAGUGACUUCCGAAGAGACUUUAGGAAUUUAAUCUGCAAACUUUUCUGUUGCUGCAGGUGUUCAUGGACGAAGUAAAGGGAAACCUGUCAAAUACGAUUGGGCUUUUUUUUAAACCUUAAUUAGCUUAUUUUUAGAUAGUGAAAAAGUUAUUCUAUGUCGUUUUUAUACUAGAAGGCUAUAUAGUUGAGGAUCACGUCGUUGCUACGCUUUAAUGUCAACUCAUAUAUGAAUUGUGGCGUGUCAGGUCUAUGACUUUGUUGUCCGUUAGGGAACAAAAAAUAGCUGAACAUGAAUUGUGUCUACAUCUUAGGCUCAUGCACUAAACUUCAGCUUCUACUAAACCUAAAUGCCCUGAAAUGGUUUAAACUCAAAGGUAUAGGGCAUGAACUGAAAUAUAUUCACAUGCCCAGAAUAAGCAUUCUUACCUUCAAAUUAGAUUCUAAAUUUCAUCGUAAAUAAAACCAGCAAUGUGAGUAGGUUCCAUGUGCUAUACUCAGGUUGACAGCUGAAGAGCCAGUGUCAGAGAUGUAGGUCAAUCCUCAUUAUUAUGUGUGUUCAUAUUAUUAAAAAUUAAAUACACUUGGAAUCGAAAAUGGUUCUUUAAUAUUAAACAUAUGACGAAAUGAAUUGAAUGGAGUUGUUAGGAAUUGCAUUGAAUGUACUAUUCUCGAUGUAAUGUAUAGAAAAGUGGAUAGCUCAUUCCAUUUUUGGUCACACAUGUAGGAAGCGUUAGCUGUCUUUUUUAAUUGAGAACAUUUUAAUACAUUUGUCGUUUCCCAUCUUCAUCAAAAACAAGUACAUUCAAAUAUAUCUUUGAACGAUGGGCCAAAAAGACAAUAUUUGACAAUAUCUUUAGAAAAUACGUGUACAAUCUGUAAGGCAGUUUCUUAUUAAAAUACGUGUACAAUAUGUUAGACAAUAAUAUCUUACGAAAAUAGGUGCACGCUCUGUAAGGCAAUCAAUGUGUUAGGCAAUGUCUUACGAAAAUACGUGUAUAAUAUGUUAGGCAAUGUUUUACAAAAAUACGUGUUCAAUAUGUUAGAUAAUCUUACGAAAAUACGUGUACAAUCUUUUAGGCAAUGUCUUACGAUGAUACGUUUACAACCUGUAAGACAAUCUCUUAUGAAAGUACGUGUACAAUCUGUUACGCAAUCUCGUAUGAAAAUACGCGUACAAUCUGUUUGACAAUCUUUUACAAAAAUACGUGUUCAAUCUGUUACGCAAUCUCUUUUGAAAAUACUUGUACAAUCUGUAAGCAAUCUCUUACGAAAAUACGUGUACAAUCUGUUAGGCAAUCUCUUACGAAAAUACUUGUACAAUCUGUAAGCAAUCUCUUACGAAAACACAUGUACAAUAUGUUAGGCAAUCUUUUGUGGAAAUACGUGUACAAUCUGUUAGACAAUUGCUUUAUGAAAAUACGUGUAUAAUCGGUUUUGACAAUCUCUUGUGAUAAUAGGUGUACAAUCUGUUAGGCAAUCUGUUAUCAAAAUACAUGUAUAGUCUGUUUGACAGUAUGAAUGUUUGGUAAUCUCUUAUACAAAAUAAAUGAGUGAACUGCU